AUGGCAUCAGAGAGCAAAGACACCACCAGCCUCACGGCGUCAUACAAGUCGCCGGAAAACGAGCACUUCACCAUCGCCCAGAACAUUCCUACCCCGCCAACUACCUCUGUACAAGAUAAAACUCACUUCCUCGAGGCUCUCCGGAAGGCAGUCACCGACACGCAAGAACAAAUCAACAACGAGUUGACGGCGCGAAUGGAAAAAGACAAGGCUCGUGAGGCAGCUUCCGGCGCAACGGUCGCCGCCAGGCUGGGUGCUGACGAGGACAAGGAGGAAGAAAACUAUGGCGAGGAAGUCCAGGAGGAGGACUGA